AUGCAGACUGGUUCGGCUGACAGGAGUGGUGGACCACAGCCUCGAAAGCAAAAGAUUGGCAUUCAGGGGUGGAAUAUGGCUCAGUUUGGCGGACGGAAGAGAGUACCACAGCCUAUUUUAAGACUUUCAAGAUUUGGGACAUCACCACAACACGACAUAUUGGCAAACUGGCAGGUACAAUUGGAUGCUGUCAGAGCAGCCAAAGAGGACGUCAGUGUUGCAAGUACACAGAGCUCCAACGUACAGGUUGGCAGGGAAGUAGCUGUGAUGCAUUCCCAAGCUCAUUGGGGACUCAAAUACAAGGAUAGCGGCGAUCUGGUAUAUCUUGAUUCAAAUGAUUAUAAGGAUGGCAAGAUUCCGGAGCAUUUUGAUAUGCAUGAUCCAAAGUGGUUUCGUUCGGGCGCAACAGGUCUGUCCCUUGACACUGGUUCUACAUUUCAUCUUUGCAAAGAUUCGAUGAAUGCGAAGAUGGGAACACUGAAAGAGCUUCCAUAUAUGUUCAAUUAUGGAACAAAUGUCGGCGGAGGUAGGAAUCUAACACAUGAAGUUGAGAGUAAACACAUGGAUAAUAUGUGCAAGUAUGACGCUGAUGCCAUCUGUGAUGUGGACAGUGCGUCUUUAUUGGUCAAAGAAGGGUAUUGUAUCGUGAUGGAUACCGACGUAGAAAAUGCAUUUAUUGUUUCCAAAGAUGGGAAUCAAUGGAUUUACAGAGAAAAGGAUGGGUUGUAUACUUAUGAACCCCAUGAGGGGGAGAGUCAUUGCAAUGUGUGCAUGGAAAUUGGACCGACGGGUGAAGCCUGCAGGUCGUGCAGAGCCCAUGUUGGUUUCAUGCCGGGUGAAUCGUAUCAUGGCGGCAACAAUAACACAGCUAGUCAACAUACUUCCCGUUACUCUGGUCUCCAAACUGUAAAAAAGAACAUAGAGGGUUACACUCCACGACAAGUUGACCGAGCAAACGCUGCAAGAUCCGGGUAUCACAUGGGUGGUGCACCAGGGAUUGAAGCAUUCAAAGUUGCCGUACGCUCAGGUUUAUUCAAGAAUUGCCCCAUUCAGGUCUGUAGAGCAAGUCCAUCUGACAACAACAACAUUAUGACAAGAUCAGAUGUCGACGAUCUGUCUCUCUUUGGGCGUCCCGCCUCUCACAACAGCUGA